AGAACCCAGAAAAACAGGGCGUUCUGUUACUUUUGUAGCAUGUUACAACGGAUGCCAGCUUGUGCGCAGUGUGGUAAGGGAAGUUAAAUAAUUGCAAAAUCCUAAUUUGCUAUUAGCUGUUUUUUUAAAACAUAUUUUGAUUAAGCAACUAAUUACAUUAAAUCCUCAGUUGACACUUAAAGUAUUUGAUAGGCAAACUAAUAAUUAUAUUAUUUCAACGAAUGAAGUUUUUUCAAAUUCAAAGCAACUGCUGAUAUUCAUUAGUAUUAUUUUCAGAAUACAUAUUGUAUUCAGCCUAUUUUCAAGAAACAUUGAUGUUCCACCAAGUGUUUUUCACAAUUUGAUGCUAAUUUUUUGUUAUUGUUAUAUGUAAACUCUUACUCAUCUGCAUCAUAUUUGGAUCAUCUGUCAACUACUCACUUCAAUCUCACUAGGAAAAAUAAAGUGUAUGUCGAAAGGAGGUGACUGCAUUGUAAGACAUGCUGGCCAGUAUGUCACUGGUUUAGGCCUGGUGGUAGGUAUUAUGUAUUAGCCGAUAGUACUUUGAUUAAAGAAAUUUUAUUUUUUUCAAACCAUUUUUUAACUGAAAAAGAUCAAACUCUGCUAUAAGUUCAUACUAUAGCAAUCACGUAAACUUUGCUGCUGAUAAAAAUGUAUUUUUAAUCCUUCAUUGUGAAUCCUGCAAUGUGCUUUACUUAUCUGGUCAAUCAGAUCACUAGGGCUGUUCAGUAAAAACUGUAGUAUCUGCAAUUUCCAGCACUGAAUUCUGAUUUAUUUUAAACAGGGGGCUAUUUGUGAUUUCUGUGAGGCUUGGGUCUGCCACAGCAAGAGAUGCCUACAAACACAUGCAUGCACAUGCCCAAUGGCAGAUGCUGUAUGUCAUGAAUGCAAGAGAGGAGUCUGGGAUCAUGGUCUGUAGUGUUGAAUGGAGUGGUUUAAUUUUUAGUUUAUUUAUAUCAGCCGUUGGUUAUGAUCAUAUCUGUGACACAAAUGUUGGUCCCCAUCAGGCCAGAUUAAACCAUCUUGGUGCCUUAGGCACAAACCCACAUGGGUGCCCCCACUGCCCCGGGCCCCCGAUCCUCCUCUGACUGCUGGUAUGUUCAAUAUUAUGCAAAAAACUAACAAAGAAAAACAGUUGUGAAAUGUAAACACAUAUGUUUGUAUUGCUAUCACUCAUAUAAAACCUACAACAAUGUAUUUGUGUAUUAAAAUUAAUAAUUAAUUAAUUUUGUAAUAAUAGUAGACAAAAAUACUGUACAUUUUUUGAUAGAUAAGAAAGUCAGAGGGAGCACACAUUUCAUUUUAAAGUUAUUUUUUCUAGAUUUACGUCUGACAAAGUUUUUGAGUACAUCAUGAAAGUUAAUUUUGUGCAACAAGUCUUCCUCAAUCAUCAGCAAAAAUAGCACACAAAAAAUCAAAAAAACUUUGAAGAAAAAUAUAAAAAAAGAGCAAAAAAACUGGGUGGGGGGUAUUUUACCCCCGGGUUGUGGGACCAAGGUUAAAUAAUUUGCGAUUCAAUAUUACAUUUGCGAAUAGCUUAUGCCAUGCAAUUACGCUACCGGGACAAUAUACACAUUUUUCUUGAGCACUUGUUGUGCCCCCCAAAUGCUUGGUGCCCUAGGCAAGUGCCUUGUUUGCCUAAUGGUUAAUCCAGCCCUGGUCCCCAUGCAUCUAUAAGAGUGCUGUGACACAAAUGUUGGUCCCCAUGCAUCUAUAAGAGUGCUGAGACACAAAUGUUGGUCCCCCAUGCAUCUAUAAGAGUGCUGUGACACAAAUGUUGGUCCCCCAUGCAUCUAUAAGAGUGCUGUGACUGUGACACAAAUUUUGGUCCCCCAUGCAUCUAUAAGAGUGCUGAGACACAAAUGUUGGUCCCCCAUGCAUUUAUAAGAGUGCUGUGACACAAAUGUUGGUCCCCCAUGCAUCUAUAAGAGUGCUGUGACACAAAUGUUGGUCCCCCAUGCAUUUAUAAGAGUGUUGUGACACAAAUGUUGGUCCCCAUGCAUCUAUAAGAGUGCUGUGACACAAAUGUUGGUCCCCCAUGCAUCUAUAAGAGUGCUGAGACACAAAUUUUGGUCCCCAUGCAUCUUUAAGCGUACUGCUUACAUUAAAUUUUGAAAGUAACACAUCUUGUCUUUUUACUGGGGCUGAUCUUGAAAAUGUCCUGGACACUUGGAACUACAGAGUAUUAGUCCACCCGGCAAAGACUCGUAAUCUGGCGAAAAAAUGUAAGCGGUUCUGGGUGUUAAAAAGAUAAGAGUUGUCUUCGUUUUCCUAUAAUGUGCUCCACUUGAUGGAGCAAAAUCAAUUAUACUUGCAUAGAACCAGUACAUCUUUUUUACAUGAAUUUUUUUUACAUUUUCCCUGAAUUAAAUAAAUGAUAAUAGUUUAAUAAUAGAAAACUGACUAUCAAAUAUGUGAAACUAACUAAGCUAAAUGAAACUACAAUGCUCUGAAAAUAAUAUUUUUGCUGCAAAUUUUCUGUACCGGUAAUGAUUUGUCUUAGCAAGAUGCAUAUGUUUUUUUAUGACUAUGGGGCUUUCUAUAAAAAUUAAUUAAUCAUUUCACGUCCUUCAGUGAAUUAAUAUUUCAUUUGUUUAACUUCUGUCACAGUGUCCAAAAAUAGCAAUGUAAUUUAAUACUCAUUUAAUAAGUGAAGGCUAGGAUGGUAUCGCCAUGAUGAGGAUAUAAAUAUUUAUUAAAAAUUACAUGCAUAAGUUGGUAUCAGAAAAGUGAAAACAGCUACCAGCCAGCAACACUAACACAUUUAGCAGAGCUGGGCUUCAUUUUAUUUUUGAUAUGUCCUCAACUGUGGGUCACAACUCCCUCAGGGGGUGGCGUGAUAAAAUGCCAAGGGUCGCUUGAAAAUUUAAAAAUUCUGUUGUGUAAAAAUAAGAAAAAAUGCACAUUUUAUACACAACAGAAAAUGUGCAUUUUUUCUUAUUUGAUUUUCAUUUUAAUUUUGAAAUAUUAUUAAGUGAUCACACUAAAUUUUUAUUACUAUUACAUUGCAGCUAUAUAAAAUAAAUUUUAAAAAUAUUAUUCGUCCAGCAGAUGUUAGCAGCUAAUUAAAAAUAAAUGUUUUGGCAGUUUCAAUUCAUUAAAAAAAAUAACAUUACCCCAGUAUAUGAUAUUAUUUUAAUAUUUUUUGUUGAUUAUUCAUUUUUUUUUUUGUGUGCCUAAACUUAAAAGUUGGCAGCUUCCACGCAAAAAUAUAAUCAGGUGUGUGAAUUUAUCAAAAAACUCUCUGGCCAUUGACUAACAGAGCCCCCUCUGCUGAACCCCACCAUUCUUAAUGGUCUUAGGCCUUAUUUCUGCUUCCCUCCAUCACCAAUCAAAAUUAAAGUGCAAACAACUUUUUAUCUACAAAAAAAGCUCUGCCCCUUCCCCCCUUAUCAACACCUGUUUUCCAAAAUCAAGUUAUAAUUCUGGUUGUCAGUUGGCAAAUAGUUUAAGGGGUGUCGCUGCACUAUAAAGAAUGAGAACCACUGGGUUGGCAUUAUAUUAUCAAACUAUUUGUGUUUUGAAGCCUUCAACUUUGAUGCCUUCAUGAUCACUACUGGUUCUAUACAUGCUUUUUUCACUUCUCCCUAUUUGGUGGCACACAUUAAAUAAAAUGAGAAGAUUACUCUUAUUUUUAUUUAACCUCCAAACCCGACCAGGUGUAAAAAUUUCACCUGGCUCAGCCCUACUUUUUGCAGUCACAGUAGAAAUCAAUGGCCAAAGUCUGAUUCGACAAUGAAAAUAUAAAUAGACAACUUUGUUUUUUUUACAACUUUUUACUGCAAGCAUAUACAGUAGAACUUACAAAAGAUAUGUGAUGUACUGUCUGUUUAUUAUAAUGGCGGAUAGCAAACCAUCUACAAAAGUGAAUCAACCUUCUCCAGGUUUGGAUGAUUUUCAUUGGGCAAAAGAAAUGAAACAAAGAUGCACAUUUUUUUAAAAACUAAGUGCAUAGUUGGUAGCUACAAUUACUCUAGAGCAGUGGUUCUUAACCUUUUUGGAGGUACCGAACCCCACCAGUUUCAUAUGUGCAGUCACCAAACCCUUCAUAAUAGGAAAAAAAAAAGAUUUUUUUUGGACCUUUGCCGGACCCCUGAGACUGACUCACCGAACCCCUGGGGUUCUAUCAAAUCCAGGUUAAGAACCACUGCUGUAGAGACUUGUUCCAAAUGCAUUCAGGUGCACCCUUUCUGUAAUUGUUAAUAAACUAUCGUCUAAAUUUCUAUUAAAAAAAACACAAGUGUUUACAAGCUUUCCAUAUAUUAUUUAUAUUCCAAAAUUCAAUUAAUAUUAAAAAAAAUUAAAGGUGUCUUAGUCUUACUUGUGUAAAUUUUUGUCCUCCAUUGUGCUAAUUAGUUGAUACUAUUAUAGUAUAGUGACUUCUCUUGAUGUUCACAAGCAUUCUUAAAAACUUUAUUUAACUUAUUUCAUAAAUGGAUAUGUUUUGUUUAAAUACAGUCAUGCAUUCAAUCUUAACACCUUGAAUCACUACUCUGUGUUUCCAUUAAAAGAGUCACAUUUGUGUUCAUUACAUUGUGCCAUGCACACCAUGGAAUAUGUGACAAUGCUAAUUCUCAAAACACCUGUAUUAAAAAUUACAAUUUUCAUUCAUGUCUUAAGCCAAGAAGAAAAUAUUAUCUUAUAUAUAUAUAUAUUAUUAAUGUCUAUUGCUUGGUGCUGACAUGGCAUGUUAAAAUUAAUGGUUAUUUCAUAUUUUUUUUAAAAUCAUCAUUGUUUCAUUUAAUUUAGGUGGUAGGAUAUUCACUUGUAGCUACUGUACUAAAUUUCUCUGUGAAGAUGAUCAGUUUGAACACCAGGCCAGCUGUCAGGUUUUGGAGUCUGAAAACUACAAAUGUAAGUUCCAGCUUGUUUACCAUCUAUUGAAAUUAAUAUUUGAAAGAAGAAAUAACAUCCUCAAAAAGUAUUUUUACAAAAAAAUGCCUUUGUUAGUAACUAAACGAGUACAUCUUUUUUUUUAAUGACAAGAUACAUGGUGUUGAAUCUCAUGAAUAAACUUGUAGUCCUCCCAAGCAAUCUAGAGCAAUAUUGUUGUUCAUUCAUAAUUAAAUAUAGUCCUUGGAAGAGAGUUUUAGAUUUAUCCAAUUUUUCUUCAGGUCUUUCAUGCAAUAAGCUUGGACAAUAUUCAUGCUUGCGGUGCAAGGUAAAACAUACAAUCAUUAUAGCUAUGUUCUUGAAAUAAAUAUAUGUUUUUUUUAAAUGGCUUAAAACUUUAUAAAAAUAUUUCAUCAAUUGUUUGUUUUUUUCACUGAUAACUCAAACUGUAUUCGUGUGUUUUAUUGGAGAAAUCGAUAAACAUUUUUGUGUGUGUAUAAUUCACCCUAUGCAUCUUAAAUGUUUAUAUUAUUUACAGCAAUGUUACUGUGAAGACCAUGCAAGGCGCAAAGGCUUCAAGUAUGUUAAAGGACAGGCUAUACCUUGCCCUAAAUGUGGCAGUGAUACUCAAGAGGUCAAGGAGCUAAGCAUGUCCAGUAAGUCAUGGUGGAAUUCUUUAUUUUACCUAGAAAUUAGAAACACAAGGUUGUGUUGCUUGUCUUUGACUCCUGUAAGAAACUAUUAAAUGAUUCUAUAUUAUUUUUAAAAAAAAAACAUUGAUGAGGGUAGGUGUUAAAAUUUCAAAAGGGCAUACAUUCUUGCGUUCCUGAUCAACUUGAUGCCACAAUCCUUCGCAUACAGGAGUGCGUGAACGACGUUAAGCGUUGGAUGACUUGCAACAAACUGAAGCUAAAUGAUGAUAAAAUGGAAAUCCUUCUCAUCCACUCUCAAAACAAACCUCUCCCUCCAUCCGCUCCUUCUUCUAUAUCUAUCGGCAACUCUGACAUCACACUCUCUUCCUCUGCCAGAAACCUUGGAGUCACGCUUACAGACACCCUAUCCAUGGAAAAACAUGUCACGAACAUAUGCAGAUCAGCAUACAACGAAAUUAGAAAAAUCAGCACCAUUAUACACCUCCUCGCCUUUGAUGCCACAAAAACUCUCGUCACUUCACUCAUUCUUUCAAAAUUUGACUACUGUAACACUCUUCUCGCAGGCAUUCCUCAACACCACAUAGACAAACUUCAGAAGGCACAGAACUCAGCAUGCAGACUCAUUUUUAAAUCAAAGAAACAUGACCACAUUCAACCACACAUGCGGCAACUCCACUGGCUUCCAAUAUCCUCUCGCAUCAAGUAUAAGUCUGCCAAUCUAUGCUUCAACUCGUUCACUGACCCUCAUUUUUCUGUCUAUCUCUCUGAACUGUUGCUUCCUUACUCCCCCACAAGACAACUACGCUUUUCAAUUGACAAUGGAACCCUCUCAAUCCCAAGAACCAAAACUAAGACCAUCGGUGAACGCUCCUUCUACUUCCAUGUGCCCACGUUCUGGAACCAGCUCCCCUUCCACAUCCGUCAUUGUGAAACCUCGUCCACUUUCAAAAAGUCCCUUAAAACUCAUCUGUUUAGGUCCGCCUAUGACCUGUGAUGCACCCUCCUUGCCCUGCCUCAUUUUCUGUCUCGGGUUGAUCCUGUAGUAUAGGUCAAAACGUGCCAAAGUGUACUUAUUUUUAUAGCUAUUUUAAUGUUUAAGCUACUUUAUUAUUUUAUUUACACAUUGUUGUUACUAUUCUAGUGUCUCUGGUUUUUUCCUUUUUAUUUUGCUUUAGCAGUUUAUAGUUUACAUAUUUUUAAUAAUUGUAAAGCGCUUAGAGCUGUAAGGUAAGCGCUAUAAAAAAAAUGCCUAAAUAAAUAAAUAACAUAAAUAAAAAACAGAUACAUUUCAAAAAGGUUUCAUCCACUUUGUAAUAUAAAAUGACAGUGAUGUUUCUCAAUUUUAUACUGUGUGCAUGUCUUUACUGACAAAUAAAUAAAUAUAAAUUUUUCUGCACAAAUAAUUAUUAUUAAUUAUAAGUUUUUUUUCAAUUGUAGAGACCAUUUGACUUUGAAUAUUGAAUUAAAUUAAAUUUUUGUUUAAACAUAUUAAAAAUUAAUGAUUAAUGGUUCUGAAGUUAAUUUUUUUUUUUAAAUCAUCUUAGCUCGAGGUUACAAGUAUGGACGCCAGCAGAUUGCGGAUGCUGAAGAUGAUGAUGAAGUUAAUGAUGAAUACAGUUACCCUGGUGCUACAGGAGGCUUCACUUUUGGAGGCUACACUCUUGGGGCUGGUGGAAUCAAAGCUGUGAGAGGUAAGUAAAGGCAAAUGGUGGUUACUCAGAGAUUUUUCUUUUGUCAUCUGAGCUGUUAUUUAUUUAGACAUACAGACCAUGGCCUAUACAGGUUUUUACUAUGAAACAGUAGAAAGACACAAACAUGUUUAACACUUUUGUUUGUGUGCAGUAGCUAUACCCAAUUAUAUCUGCAUAAUUUUCAUUUCCGCUGUUAAAAGAAUGUGGGUUUUUUUUUUUUAGCUAAAGAUUUCCUAUAAAGAUAUAGAAAUUUAACAUUUUUAUAAUAACGAUAAAAUGGAAUACAGAACACUCUAUGAAAAACUUGCAUCAAAUAAAAUUCUUAAAAUAUGUUUGCAAUUAUUUACACAAAUUAUUUUUUGAAGUAUAGGUUUUCCGUUUUAAAAAAAAAAAAGAAAAAAAUUUGUUAGCACAUCAGGUUCUAUCAAUUUUUUCUUGCAAAAAUUUUUGGCUGAAAAAAUAUGAUGUGAAAUUAUUUUGAAUAUAAAUUAGUAUCUAGUCUUAACUCUACUAUUAACAAAAUAAUAUUUUAAUUAUUAAUUGAAUGAUAAUGAAAACGGUCUUCAAGUUCCAGGAAUGUGCUUUUUUUUCUUUGCAGUUAAAAGCAAUGAUGAUGAUGAUGAUGAUGAUGAAGAAGAUGACGAUGAUGAUGAUGAGGAAGAUGAAGAGGAUGAUGAGGAGGAGGAUGAAGAUGAGGAAGAAAAUAGUGAAAAAGAAGCUGAUGAUGACGCUAAAGGUGAUGAGAAGGGAAAUAAUGAGAAGGAUGUUGCAAAAAAACUUGAAGAUGUGAAAAUAUAAAUGUUUCGACAUUUCAUUGAACUUCUCUUACAUAAGAACUGUCUUAGAAUGACAAGACUAGGUUGUUUUUUUUUUAUCUUAUAUAUAUAUUAUAUAUAUUGUCUCUGUGACUAACAUUUAUUUAUAGGCCCUAGCUGAGUGUUUAUCUACCUCUUUUUUUUCCCCCUUUUCCUUUUACAACACUCUAAAACCACACUGAAAAUAUAGACUGUUUCAGAGCAGAUCUUAAACUGAUGGUAUUAUUAUGUUGGCCCUCUAAAAUUAGAUAGAAAUAUAUAAAUGGCCAAACACUACAGUGGGUAAGUUGACCAGAUAAGCCAUGUCUAGAUCAGUUGUAUUCUUUAAAAAUCAACUUUUGUCAUAAAUUUUGUGAACUAAAAUUUGUAUGUGUCAUGACACAAUAUUUGAAAAUUGCUGCUUUUGGGUUUGACUCAAUUAUGAGUAUGGGUUCAUUUUUUUAAAAUUAUUUAACUGCCUAUUUUAAGACAUCAGUAUGCAUUUUAUUUUAAACAUUUUGUUCUUGCAUUCAAAGCGGAGAUUACUAAAUACCAAAUACCUGUAUAUCAUGUUUUAUGAAAAGUUUAGAAAUAUACAGUUUUGUUAGCUUUAAGUUUAAAUCAUUCAACUAGUCCCAUUACAUUGUCAUGUUGAUUAAUUUUUAUGUUUAAAAUAAUAUAAACAUGAAAUCAGUUUUAACCUCUAACGCUUAGCUAUUACUAUUACAACUCUAAUUUUUUUUAAGCCUACCAACAUUUCUUCCAAACCUGAUUUUUUUGAAGCAUUUGAAAUAUAUACUUUCUUUAGUAUUUUUAACCAUUCAUGGUGUAAUGGUUUAAAUUGACAAUGAAUUUUAAAACAGCAUUUUUUUUUUAUUUUUUUUUGAAGGAAUCGAGGGCAGAUUUAUUGUUUUAAGAAGGAAAAAAAAUUGCUUUAUUUAUUUUUAUAGUUGAGUAAUCUUUAAUGUUAAAAAACAUUAAAUUAAAAUAUUUUAUUUAUUUUUACUACUACAUGUUAAAAUUGGCAUAAAUUAUUGUACAACAGUAGCAAAUUUAAAUUAUCCAACAUUUACUAAAGAAUAAAGUCACAUCUUGAUCUUGUAAACCUGCUUUUUAAAUUUUGAUUAAAAUUAAAUGAACUAAAAUUACCCCAGAGGAAUGUCAAAUUUUUAAUAUUUUUUUAUUUACCCUCCACAAAAUGUUUUAAACGAGGCACAUUUAUUGAAACUGUCUCAGUUGCGCUGCAAUGGAGGAUGGAUUUAUGAAUUGUGUAAUCUCUAUACUGGAUUGACUUGCUUCAAUAAUUGUCAGUUAAAGUUUUGUACACAGUAAACAGAAAAAUAUAGUUUCCUUUAAUG